AGGGAUUUCCUGGGCUCAAGGGAACACAAGGAGAAGUUGAUUAUAAUGAACUUGGAGCCUUGAUCGAUAGAAAAGUCGAAAGAGCAAUGGAAAAGCAACGGGCAGAAAUGAACGAAACAAUGAAUGAAUUUCUGGAAAGAAUAGAGAAAUUAGAAGGGCAAGAAAGCACAAACACCUUUGCAGUUGCCACAUCUGCUCCAUCCGUUUCACCGAAUCUUUCUCCGCCUCCUGGAUUUACUGAACAAGAUAUUGUGCGCUAUGACGGAAGAAUAUUCAUACCGUUGGCAUCUAGAAAGGUUCGUAAAGCAUCAGCGAUCGCCAAAUGUCAACGAGCAGGCGGGAAAUUAGCUAAUAUAUACAACCAAAAUCAUAUGGAUAAGAUAAUGGCAUUUAUUCGUGACAACAAGUUGGACGGGGUUUCAUAUAAAGACUUUCAUCUCGGCAUGACAUUCGACCCUCUUAAUCAGAUUCUUCGUUUCCGAGACGGAACUGUGACAUCACACAUGGGUUUCAAAUGGCUCUUAGGGACUCCAACCAAUAGGCAGGGUUAUUAUUCUACUUUCACAAACAUGGUUAUCAAGAUUCAGAAUGAUUCAACAAGCCCAUAUCAAUACAUUUACAACUACCCAGAUCGUAAAGAGUACGUCAUUUGUGAAAUUUAAACUUCCAUCCACCUGUUGCAGCAAACUUUCAGAUGAAAAAUUAAGAUGGAGAAACUCGUUACGUGCAAAUACUACGU